AUGAACGAUGACGUAAAUCCGCCUGAAAAAUGAAAUUCGUCAUCGACUCUGCCCGCCACACGCCACCACAGCCGACCGAUGAUUUUCGUGCCCUCACAAUUCCCGCCAAAUCCCGUAACCAGUUAUCGCCGGUGACCACCUCACAUUUCCGCAAAAAACUCUGCUAUGGAACUUCCGACUUCGUUCUUCUUCAACAUUUUUCCGAUUCCGUCAUGUUUGAAGUCCGAUUGACGCUUCGAAUUGGACUGUAGGGUUUUCAGCUAUUUCAUUUCUCCAUUAAUUCCAUGCGAGCCGACUGUUUCUCUCGAAUUCGAACACAAUGAGCGCUGUCAAUAUCACCAACGUUGCAGUUCUUGAUAACCCAUCUCCCUUCUCUACUCCCCUUCAGUUUGAGAUCUCCUACGAGUGUUUGUCUUCUCUCAAAUACGAUUUGGAAUGGAAACUAAUUUACGUGGGAUCGGCUGAGGUUGAGACUUAUGAUCAACUCUUGGAGUGUGUUCUUGUGGGACCUGUCAAUGUCGGUAACUAUCGUUUUGUAUUGCAGGCCGACCCUCCAGACCCGUCCAAAAUCCCUGAAGAAGAUAUCAUUGGUGUAACUGUACUUCUGUUGACCUGCUCAUAUAUGGGUCAGGAGUUUGUUCGUGUCGGUUACUAUGUAAACAAUGAUUAUGAUGAUGAGCAGCUCAGAGAAGAACCUCCAGCCAAAGUCUUGAUCGAUAGGGUUCAGAGAAACAUUCUAUCCGAUAAACCCAGGGUGACAAAGUUUCCCAUUAAUUUUUACCCCGAGACUAAUGAUAGUGGAGAGGAACCUCCUUCUAACGAUCCUGUAUCAGCUGAAACCGACGGUGACGAACAACUACCUGCUUCGCCUGAACAUCCUUCAGACGAACAAAAUCCUUAGAUUUAGCUUUGUUAAAGGAACUUCCAUCCCAACCAAGUCAUGGCAACUUCUGUGUCACGGUCAUCACUUGUUCUCAGAGAUCAUCAUUGCUGGAAUCAUGAUUGUUUUUGGCUCCAAAAGCUCAGAUAUUUUUGAGAAUAUGAUGGUUGGAAUGCAGUGUACUACAUGUCUUCAGCUGCUGAAUUUGCAACUAAUUUCGUUUGCUUGUUGACUUGUAGCCCCAUGGUUUGUACUUGUACAAAGAUAGUACAAAUUCAUUAUGUUGAAGGCCUUGUUUGAUAUCUACAGAACUUUUUGUACUUUUUGUUAAAAUCAGGGGUCUGAUGUUGGCAGAUAAACAAACUAUAUGUGGGGGAUGCAAGUCUCGGCCGUUAAAAUGGUUUUGAACAACUGUUAGGAUAGGAGUUUGUUAAUAUGUUGAACUGAAAAACAAAUCUACAAUGUUAUUUUGUUGCAUAGAUUGCGAUUUCUUUGGCUUAAAAUUCAAAUGUAAAAUUGCGGACUUA